GAGGAGGAGGGGGUCGCUUUGGGUGUUAGCAUUGGGAUCUCUCUUUUUAGCAGUGCUUUAACAGGUUUCUUGUUGAGUAAGGAGGCUGAGUUAUUGUAACGUCCAGUUUGGGGUUGUAUUAGAGGUGCUGGGUAACUCGGGGUAGUUGUUGCACACUGUCCCCAGCUUGACAGAGAUCUCUUUCUUUUGUGAAUCCGUGUUCAUUACCACUACAGAUUCCGAGCGAAGUGGAUUCCGUUUUUUUUUCAUAUUCCAGGUCUCUCCGCCUACCUCAUUCUUUCUCUCUCUCUCUCUCUCUCUCUCUCUCUCUCUCUCUUUGCUCUCCACCGAUCUUUCCCUCUUUCUCUGUUCGCUAUUUGCUUGUAUUAGCUCCGUGGGUGCUGCGUUUGGUAUCGGGCCAUUAUCCAGGGGGAGAUUCGCCACCCUGCUCGUAAAGUUAGCCCGACCAUACAUCUACAGCCUGAGAGAAGGGGAACGGCCUGUGCUGGGGCAUCGAGGAAUGAAGUGGAACUUUUCUGGCGGUCCUUUUGCUCUGUGAUUGUGCGUUGUGGCGAUUCUAGGCAAAUCAUCUCCCUUGAUUUUGUGCGAACGAGGGUGGAGAGGGGGGUCGGAGUGAGUGGACCCCUCUAUCAGGACAAUGUGCAUUUCCCAAACAAUUUAGAGUAUUCAUGAGGUUACGCAAAUGUGGAGGCACAAAAUUACCGUAAUCAAUUGAAGCGGCGAGCAUGCGUCCGUCCACAGUUCUGAUUACCCGGAGAUCAGCCUGAUGUGAAUGUUACAUAGAGAGGAGCUGUUAAAUUGCUGUUGAAUUUGGGUGAGAAGUCUAUGAUCAUUGGGCAAGUGAGUCUGCACAGAGAUAAUAGGGCAGAUCAGUGGACCAGGCAAGUGCUGGUGGCACAUUAGCUAUCUGACUUCGACUCCAAGCUGCUGUUUUACAGAAACACCAAACCUGUAUUACCCAGAAUAAGCAUUGUGUGUCCAUACUCAAAUAGUUAUUUCUUCUCAACAAGGAGAAAAAAAAGGAGAAAUCUUCGCAAAGGAUAAGAGACUAUGGAAGUCCGCUACAGCCAAGAAUCGGAGUCCGGAAUGUUGUUGAAGAAUGGACUAAAAGAGGGGAAAGAGGGAAAGGAUUCCCAAGGGAACAUUUCAAAAACUUUCCUGAAGGACCAGCAGGAGUCCUUCUCUCCAUCCGGACCGGUGGAAAACUGCGAAAAGAGCCGGACGAGCUCAGCAGAUCCUGAUUACUGCCGGAGGAUUCUAGUUCGGGAUGCCAAAGGUUCAAUUCGAGAGAUUAUUCUCCCCAAGGGUUUGGAUCUAGAUCGACCAAAGCGUACUAGGACCUCGUUCACAGCAGAACAGCUGUACAGACUGGAGAUGGAGUUUCAGCGGUGCCAGUAUGUUGUUGGACGAGAACGAACCGAACUUGCCCGACAACUUAACCUGUCUGAAACUCAGGUAAAGGUGUGGUUUCAGAAUCGUCGCACUAAGCAGAAGAAGGAUCAGGGCAAGGAUUCAGAGCUGCGCUCCGUGGUCUCUGAGACAGCCGCCACCUGCAGCGUCCUGCGUCUGCUGGAGCAGGGCCGGCUCCUCACUCCCCCAGGCCUGCCAGGGUUGCUGCCCCACUGCGGGAGCUCGUCGCUCACCUCAGCCCUGCGUGGGUCGUCCCUGGGCAUCACCGCUAAUGGAGGCUCCUCCAGCAGCAGUAGCAGCAGUGCCGCCAGCUCAGGCACAGCCGGGGGGAGCCCGCCGCUGCCGACGGUGACCAGUUCAGGGACAGUCACAGGGCUGCAGGGAUCUCCACCUGCCCAUGGGCUGUUUAGCUUUCCUAUGCCCUCUCUGCUCGGGUCAGUCGCCUCACGCAUCUCCUCCACCCCGCUCGGCAUGGCUGGGUCCCUCGCGGGGAACUUGCAGGAACUUUCUGCCCGCUAUCUGAGCUCGUCUGCAUUUGAACCCUACUCGCGGACCAAUGGCAAAGAAGCGUUAGACAAGAAAGUUUUGGAAUGAUCACUAGGGGCUUCUUUAUGCCCUUUUAUUAUUUUUAUUGUUGGUUUGAAAUUAAUUUGAGCUCUGAUUAUCUCUUUUUUUUAAUCACUUUCGCCCCCUUUUGUCUCAUCAGUGCUGUUGUGUUUUCAGUCUUGCGUUUUUUCAUGUCGUCAACCUGCACACUUGAUGCCUCUCAGAAUUGUAAAAAGGUGGAAAAAAUGAGGCUUUUCAGAGCAUUUUGCACUAAAUCAAAGUUUCUCCAAUUUGACACUAAUGAGAGCUUGAGGAAGGAAUGUAGCAAGACAUUAUGGAGGGGAAGAGAGAUGACAAUGGUUGCUGAGGAAAUAUCUUCGGGACACUUUUUUCCCACAUACUUUUUGGAGCUGGACAAUUAUAUUCAGAUUAAAAAUUAAUCAGAAAACUGAUGGGUUAAUAAAAAUAAAAUAAAAAAACAGUACAGAACAUAGACCCCUGAUAAAAACUGAACUCGUGGCAACAUACUUCAUGUUUUCAGUUCAAAGAGCGAUCUAAAUGUGUGAUUUUUACAUAGUGCCAUUUACCAAGUCCCAAAUAAUGAAAUAUAUAUUAUAUUUGGUUUCAUUUCCAAAGGUUAGCAUACAAUACGGUCAUACUGUGGCUUUCUAUAAACAAUUUGCUUACAGAGGUCAUGAAUUUGUCAUAUGAAGCUAUUCGAUCGGAUGUCUAUACCAUUUUGUAAUCGUUUGGUUAAACAUGUUCUUUUACUAAAUGGAAGGAAAAUGCUGUCGCACCGUUAAAUAGUCCAAUAGUCCUGUGUUCAUUGUUCUCUAAAUGGUUUCUGUGAGGGUGCUCCCCAAAACGAGUUUUGAAGGCAGUCUCAGUUUGUGAGUUUGUAUGUCUUAAAUAUGCACUUUUUCUCCUCUGUGUGUGUGUGUGUGUGUGUGUGCUGGUACUGAAGUUGUAGUCCUGGUUUCCAUGUUAAGGUGCGUGUUUAACUGAAAACCUUUCGAGAAAACUUGAGAUGUCAUUGCCUGAGAUUAAGCUCCGGAGGAUCUACGUGACCCUUGCAUUAUUGGACUAAAUGUGUUUGCUUUGAGGGGCAACCCCUCUACCAACGGCGCAAAGUUUUCCAGAAGAAUUUGAAGCCCUUUCUAUAAUCAAAGCUGAGACGAGGCAGAUCUCUGAGGAAAGAACAGGGUACGAUUACUGUAGUAUAAAUCAAGAAGAUUGAAUAGCUAAAAUUGUUAUUUUAUUGUAAAUUAUUCACUUCUGUAAUAAAUAGAUCAUUAGUAUAUCUGCAAAUAAUGAAAGAAUGAAUGUAUGGGGGGUGGGGUUCUGAUUGAACAGCCAAUCAAAGCUCUGGUGGUGUUAUUGUUAAAUAUCUUGAAGUUUGUGUAUCGUGGUAUGAGUGUGGAUAUAUAUUAUAUAUAACUAAAAAAAAUCUAAACAAAACAAAUCUCUUCAGUCUUUCAUUCCAUGUGUAAAUCGUAAAAGGCUUGAUGGUGUCUUUACGUGAUGUUCUCAGCAUCAGUGUAAAUCGUCCAAGGUCACUUAACACUGCCAGUUCUGUCUGCUCUAGUGAUGUUUGAGAGAUACACAGCCUUGCAUGAAUGAAUAUCUCUGAACAUCAUGGAAUGACAAAUCCUCUUACUGUUGAGGUAUUCAACCUAUAUGGUGUAUCAGAGUUUCAUUUAGACAGAAAUGUCUCCCAGAGUUACUACUUGUCUUGGUUUGUUGAUCAGUUCAAAUGUUUGAACUGUUUGGUUUAUGUAUAUUAUAUCAUUUUAAUUUGGACACAAGUUUUCUGUGGAUUUACAAUGCAGUUAAGAUUUUUAAAUUGUUAUAUUG